GGGAAGCACAGCAAUGGAUAUUGUAUUUUUUGGCAAUAUUACCAAUGAGAACUGCACCAAUGUUGGCUACCUUAUGAUGAUUUACUACCUACCAGUCAUGUACAGCACUAUUUUUGCAGUGGGUGUGCUGGGAAACGUGACUUCAUUGCUGGUCUACGUGACCAAGGUACGGCCUUGGACAAGCAAUGGUAUCAUCAUGAUCAACCUAGCCACCACCGACCUCUUGUACGUGCUCACCAUGCCAUUUUUAGCAUACUACUACGCCCGGGGUGUCUCAUGGACGAUGGGCGAAUUCAUGUGCCGGUUUGUGCGCUUUGGCUUCCACUUCAAUCUCUAUGGCAGCAUCCUCUUCCUCACCUGCUUGGCUGUGUUUCGGUAUGUGGCUGUGGUGCACCCGAUGCAAGCGGCAAGGGUUAAGAAAAAGCGAUGGGGCCUGAUUGCAUCUGCAAUCACCUGGAUUCUGGCAGCUGCACAAGUGGUGCCCAUGUUUAAUUUGAUCUACAUCGUGGAGCAGGACAACACCACCUUCUGCCUCGACCUGGCCAGCAACAACCCACAACAAGUGUGGUGGUACAGCUGGAUGCUAACGGCCCUGGGCUUUCUACUACCUUUACUAGUGGUGUCUGUGUGUUACACAUGCAUAGUAAAACAGCUAGCCACGGGGCCACACACUCAGAGCUGGAGCCAUAUUAGGGCAAGGAGGCUCAUAGCACUAGUAAUAGUAUGUUUUGUGGUUUGCUUUUUACCCUAUCACAUAUUACGCACACUCAGAAUAUACACAAGGCGCACACCUGAUUGUUCCUGCAUGAUGAUGAAGUGUGUACAGGCAGCUUAUGUAGUCACAAGGCCAGUGGCUGCACUCAAUUCUAUCUUCAACCUUGGUCUAUACACACUGGCAGGUGAUCGCUUCAAGCAGGCACUUAAGUCUCUUUUGAGCAAGAAGGGAGACAACAACCCUGGCAACAAAUGACCCAGUCACUUGUACUACACAGAGAUCACUCGUACAACACAGAGAUCAACCGAGCCCUUACAACAAAAACCAUACAUGUCCAUUUACAGUUAUUCCACAUUCUACAAAACAACAGUUUAAAGCAUUUGGGCAAUUCUUAUUUUUAAAUGCCCAUAUGAAUGACUUAAGACCCUGCUGGAGUACUUGGC